ACAAAUUGUCGUUGACAAUCAUUGCGUUCUGUCAUUCAACGCAUUCAUUCCGAAUAAAAUACUUUUUAGAAACAUUUAUUAACGUUUAUUAGUCUAUUUUUUAAUAAAUUAGAAAUAUGACUACAAAUCAAACAUUCAAGCCGUCCGAGGGAAAGAGAGAAGAAUUUCGUAAGUAUUUAGAAAAAAAUGGAAUAAUGGAUGCCUUAACCAAGGUUUUGGUAAAUCUCUAUGAAGAGGUAGAUAAACCAGAGGACGCCUUGCAAUAUAUCAUUGAUAAACUUUCCAUCCAAGCAGGUUUGGAUACACAAAAGCAGCUAAUUUCAAAACUUGAAAAUGCCAACAACCAGGUUAAAAGCCUCGAAGAACAGUUGGAACAAUUGAAACUUGAACACAGCGAACAUUUAACUGAAGCUAUGGAUGGAGGGUUGGAAACAAAAGAAGGGGAAAAUGUGCCAGACCCGGAUGACGGACAUGGUCAACCUAAUGAAAUUGAAUAGUUAUCUACAUUCCUUUAGAUAUCAUUUCCUUCGUUCAUAUUUAUAAACUUUGAAGAUUUUUUGAAAAUAAUGAUACUUGAUAAGUUGUUACGAAAACCACCCAAGCGUGUAAGCUUGAUGUUUUGCACUCCAGCAAGAAUAACUUUGCAAUUCAAAAAUGUAUGAAUUUCAAGUCAAUUGGUAAAAAAUACUUAAGGUAUCUGAAUUAAAUGGGUAAACCUAGUAAAAGUAUAGGUUACACUAAUUGCUCUUUUUGAACUAUUUACACCUUGAUUUUGCGUUGAUAGAGAAUUUUAUUUUUGCAGUACUGUGUUGGGGCAUUAUUCUUACUGGGUGCUAUAUGUUUUUGUUUUACAGAGUGAUGUUUAUGUUCCUCACUUCAGAGUAGAUUUUUUAUUUCACGUGUAAAAUGUCAUGAAUAGAAAUAUGGCAUUGACAUUGAUUUUUUGUUAUGUUAAUAUUAUAUGAAGUUUAUUAUUGAGUUUGAUUAAAGUGAUCACAAAAAAAACAGAAUUUUUGACUGACAUUCCAUUGCUUUUGAGCGUUAUAGUUCAAAAUAGUGGAUUGGAUUUUGAAUAAGGGUUUUUGCAUUUCUACGUUAUGUUGAGAAACUCGAUUCUUUAAUGCUGGGUUAAUACAAAAAACUUGUUUCUUCAGGUAAUUGCUAUUGUACCUUAGUGUGUUAUUAGCAUCAUGUAUGAUGUGAAAUAUUUUUGUAGGUAGAUUUACAAAAUGAUUAUGUUUUUCACCCAAAAUGUGCAAUAAUGAUUAUAACGUUUGAUGUGCAAUUUAAUUUCUCCUGUUACAGGGAAAAAUAAGCAUUUAUAAUCCGUCAAGUUGGUUAGUGACUUUUUUGUACUUAUAUCUGCCUUGAAUAAAAUGUAAGAAGUAUCA